AAAUAUUGUUUCAGAACAGACAUCUUUGAGCGCGCUCGACGUCGGGAGCUGCGCGAGGCGGAAUUGUACUGACAGCUCGUGGCUAAGUGUUGGCGAUUGUCACUUGUCAACAGUUUUAACUUUUGAUGUCAAUAACACAUGUCACCUAAUCCGCAGCCCGCAUCAUAAAAGAUCUGUGCUUUCCCUGUGGCGGCUUCGAAAAGCGGUGACAGUCACAAACUGAUAUUUACAACAAAAACAGUAAAGCUCAACCAUCAACGAUGAAGUAUUUGAAUCCUCGAACAUGCUUUCCUAUGCUCGUGAUUCUGUUUAUAUUUAUCAGUCGAGGACAAAGCGCUCAGGAAAAUUCCAGCAAGGACCUCCAGGUAGGCCGGGGAAGAAUGGAAAGGAUGGAGUAAAUGGUACCAUGGGUCCUAAAGGAGGUCAGGGUCCACAGGGGCCUCAAGGGACUCAGGGGCCUCAGGGCCCUCCGGGACCUCCAGGACCAAUGGCAAAGGUCGAUAAUUCAACAUUGAACAAGAGCUGCAACGAAACGAAAGACUACGGACAAAUAAAAUACUCUAACUAUAACGUCCAGGUCUGUACUCCAACGGGAUGGAAGAGUUUGGCCUUAAAGGAAGACAUCUGUGACAACUCAAGCGUACCUAGAAUAGAUUUAGAAACCUUUAAGAUAUCAAAGUUUGGUGCUCUUUUCCAAUUUAACGAUAACCUCAGAGUGAAUCUUAGCCCGGGGAGUGUCGCCACGAGCGUUAAUCUCACCGCAGCUUUUGAAGAUCAUGCAUCUAACAAUACAGUGCCCGAGUACCUACCUAGCGCGAUGAGUAAAGCAAUUCGACUAAAAGGAAGAAAACAUAUCAACCUCAUUGGGAUCCCUGUGGAUUUCUGGUCCGGAAAUGAAUGGUCUGUCAUGGCACUAAUCAAAUUUACUGACCAAGGGUUAAAUUCCCAGAAGGAAAUUCCAGUUAUUGGUGCUGGCGGGCAACAAAAUGGCAAAGGAUUUCACCUGGGCAUAAGAUCUAAGCGCGUUUUGCAUGGGUUUUACUCAAAUGAUAUGAUUGGAGAUGCGAUACUGAACUUUGACCAGUGGUAUCAGAUAACGUGGACCUGGAAAAAGGCUUCUCCAACAGGAACGAGGCAGAUAUUUGUAAAUGGAGUUUUGGAUAAAAAACAAGAUGGAACUUCUGGUUUUAAUGGAAAGAGUGAUAACACGGAGAUAGGAGCGUGGUGGAACGACACAUCGAACAGAAAUAACAACAUCCAAAUUGACACUCUGUAUAUCAUUGAUAAAGUGGUGGACUAUAAGAGCAAAUGGACUUCCACUGACUGGCUUGAGCUCUGUCAAGCUCGACUUGUCAACAACGACAUGCCCUAAUAGACUGUUUUUGGGAUGCGUGUGACGUCAUAGCUAGCCGCCAUGUUGGAUGACUUUAAGAAAGGAUUUGGUCGGGUUUUUUUGUCAUGUCAUCCAACAUGGCUAAUGUUUGGGAGGGAUCCACGCCUCCACACAGACCUUGAAACCUUGCAUGAUAUAUUGUUUGGUUUUUAUCGGCCGCCAUGUUGGUUGAAUUCGAAACCCGAAAUUUGUUAUUUGUUAUAAGAUGGCGGUCACGUUGUGGUCGCGUUUUACAUUAUUCAGUAAAAUCUCUCGGAAAUGAUUUCAAAUCAUUCACAUGCCUUAUGUGUAAACCACAGGGAGCCCACUUAGAGUAGUUCUUGUUCAAAAAAGCUUUCGUUCAAUUUUAUGGAUCAACAAAGAGAGAUAAUGAGAUAAGAAAAUUGCUUUUGGUGAACGGGUAGUUAGUUAUAGAACAGUAACAUUUCUUGUUAUUUUUUUCUUUCUUUCUUUCUUUGUUUCUUGUUUUCAACACUUUCUUUCUGUCUGUCUGUCUUUUCUUCUUUGUCUCUUUUCUUCAAGAAGAAGUGACAAUUGUUUAUACAAGCAACCCUUAACUACAUUUCUAAAAAAAGACGACAUCCAACACAUGGAUGAAUAUGGGCAAUAUUAAUGGUCUCUGAAUAUUUAAUUUUAAAUUGAUGUUAAUAGAGUGCACGCACUAAAUCCGUGAACAUUAGUACUAUUAAGUACUAUUUCAUACAGAAUCCUUUGUUUUCUAUUGUUUAUUUAUCACCAUUUAGUACUAAAAGUUAGUAUUUGUUUCACGGGUUUAGUGCGUUCACUCCGCUAAGAACUCAUAACAAAGUACAACUGUUCCCAAUAUGUACGACUAUAAAAUUCUCUGUAAUAAAUAAAUCAUUCUCAAAUCCG